GGUUUUUCUUAGUAAAGAAAAAGGAUAUUGCUAGAAUGACAAUACUAUAAGAACAAUAGCUUUCCUUCCCUUUUCCUUUCUUGGAGUUUUUCUUUUAAUGCUAAAAAUAAGCCGGUUUUUCUCCCAGGCUUGAAAAUUUGAUUUCUGAUAGUUUCAUCUUUUGAGGAAAAUUCAAUAGUAAUGAAACAAAUCUUAAAACCUCGUCAUAUUGUAAUGAUUACAAUUGGUGGUACUUUUGACGCAGGUAUCUUUUUGAAUUCAGGUGAGGCUUUGGCUAAUGGCGGUCCUGCUUCUUUGUUUAUUUCUUACGUUAUUGUUGCUAUUGUGAUUUAUUUUGUGAUGUCAGCUUUGUCUAAAACCGCAACUUACACUGAAGGUAAAGAUGGAAUUAUUGGCUAUGCAACAAUUUAUGUUGACCGUUGCUUAGGCUUUUCCAUUGGUUAUUUACUUUUGUUUAGGUACCUUAUUGCUUCUCCUUACCUGUUAUCUGAGCUUUCAACAAUGCUAAGAAAUUACAACAAAGAGGACACUAGUUAUACUGCUGCUGCUUGGUUAUCUGGCUCUUUCAUUCUUUUCAUAGUGGUCUUCGUUUUUUCAACAAUGGCUUUCGCAGAAGUUGAAUAUAUACUCUCAUGUUUGAAGAUUAUAAUUAUAAUUGUGUCAUUGGGGUCCUUGAUAAAGUCCAUCUCGUCAGAUAGCCCAGAUUCAGCAAAAGGUUUUGCAUAUUGGAGAGACAAUUCAUUUAAAGAAUAUGGUGCUCAAGGCCCUCGUGGUAUAUUUUUUGGGAUAUUUUCCUCUCUUAAUAAUGCAACCAAUGCCUUUUCUGGAAUUGAAUUAAUUGCUAUGACCUUUCCAGAACUAAUCAGCUCUGGUGAAAUUCCAAGAGCUAUUCUUAACACAUACUUUAAGACAUCAGUUCUCUACAUACUUCUUAUCUUUUUUAUGGUCACUUCUGUUAGCUCAAAGAAUCCAGACUUGAUUAACAAUCCUAGUGUUUUUGCUUGUGAUUCUUCACCGUUUUCAAUGGUUGUGGACCUUUCUGAGUUCGUUAGAGCAUCCACUGUUCUAUUCACAUUUAGUGAAGCUUUUUCAGACUUGUAUUUUUCUUCGAGAUUGUUGCUUUACUUAUCGACUAAUGGUUUUGCUCCAGCGAUAUUCUCUAAAACAAGUAGAUU